AUGGUAGACCCGACACCCCCCUCAGGAUCCGCAGCGACACCCCCGCCGGCCCCACCAGCUCCCAAGGCCACCCCAAAGGCUGCUCUUAAAUUAGCUAAGGAACCUAAGGCCCCUAAGCCUGUCAAAGACCAGAAAACUGCUGCUCCGACAGCAGCAGCAGCGGCAGGAGAUGGCACCAGUGGUGCACCACCCUCCGCCCAGGCCGGUCAUAAACCCAAAGAAGCCUCAGCAGGCAAUAAAGGUGGUGCCAAAGUCACAGUGCAGCAGCCAGCAACCAGCAGCGGUGGCAUCGUAAAGACAAUCUAUGUCACAAGCGGUGGCAGUGGAAACCAACCGGUCAAGACGGUAGCGAAGGAGGUAGAGGUUAUUGUCGAACCGGCAAAGGACCGAGGGCUCGUCGGGUUGCUCAAGGACCUGUCAGUGGAGCAGAAUGAGAAGAAGAAGGGGCCAGUGUUCGGGUUGGGGCAUGCCCAUGUGGAUGUGCACCCUGCAAUCCUGACACUAGGCAUGCAGAUCAACCAAUAUGUUCUUUCGGGGAGUACUGCGAGAUGUAUUGGGUUUCUGUUAGCUAUGAAACGUGUAAUCCAAGACUACGAGACGCCCCCCGCAUCUUCACUCUCACGUCACCUCCCAGGACACUAUCUCUCACAUCAGAUUGCUUACCUUCUGUCGGCACGCCCCAUGUCCACGGCAAUGGGUAACACCAUCCGCUGGCUGAAGCAGGAAAUCUCUACUCUCCCUCCUGAUCAGACUCAGGAGGCUUCCAAGAAGCAUCUGGUAGAACGUAUUGAAAAUUUCAUCCGCGAGAAACUGACAGUCGCCGAUGACAUGAUCGUUAAGACUACCGUCGAUAAGUACAUCCGCACCGGUGACACCAUCCUCACCUACGGAAAGUCCCAAGUUGUUGAGCGGGCUCUCCUCGAGGCCCAUCGCCAGGGCAGGAUCUUCAGCGUCAUCGUUGUUGACAACCGGCCGCUCCUCGAAGGCAAGAACCUCCUCCAAGGUAUCGCCGAGGCUGGAAUCCGCUGUGAAUACGUCCAUCUCUACGGUCUCGAACACAGCAUCCCAUCCGCCACACGCGUGCUCCUCGGUGCCCACGCCAUCAUGGCUGAUGGAGCUCUCUAUUCUCGUAGCGGUACCGCCAUUGUCGCUACUACCGCGCGGGAAUUUGGCAUCCCUGUCGUUGUCUGCUGUGAAAGCAUAAAGUUUAGUGAUAAGAUCAAUCUCGACGGGAUCGUGUCCAACGAGCUUGGCGACCCCGAGCUGCUCGUUAACAUGAGUGACACAAAGGCCCGUGAGAUGGGCCCCCUGCAGGGCUGGAAAGAGAUCAACAAUAUGAGGAUUGAAAGCUUCAGGUACGAUGUCACGCCGAGCGACUGCAUCAAGGCGGUCGUCUGCGAGCAUGGAUGCGUGGCACCGAAGAGCGUGGCGAGCGUGCUCAGGAGCAGUAUGGCGGCUGCUGCUGCAGGGUCGGCGGCGUAG